AUGUAACGUUUGUUAAUUCUUGAAACAAAAACUUGACAUGCAUUUUAAGUGAGUAGCAAAUCAUUUUUUUCGUAAUUAUAUGUGUAUUAUAUAAAUUUAAAGUAUGUGUAGUAUCAAUAUAAAUAUUUUAAAUAAAUGAGAGAUAUAAACUAGAAAUAUAAGGUUAGUAUUACAUAUGUUCGGUUAUCUUCGAAUAUCCAUUCGGAUUCGGAUAUUAUCCGUUCGGAUUCAGAUCUCCAAUCUCUCCUAAUAUAAUACUUGUUCCGGUAUUUUACUACUGUGGUUCGAAUUUUGGUUCGGAUUUUUCGGAUCGGAUUCGGAUACGGAUUCAGAUAUCGGGUAAAAUACCCAUCCUUACUACUACAUUUCAUCUUGUGGCUACGCGGAUAUGGACAUACCAUACAGUCCAUUUGAAUAUCCAGAGUAAGAGUCUAUCUGUGAGCUGAACAAUAUUUUUACGGAUUAGUCUGGGCCUCUCCAUUGACCUGAAAUACUCCCAAAAUUUUAAAAAAACUUAUAUCCACAAAAAUAGUAUUAUUUAUUUAUAGCGGUAAAAAGUUCUGUAAAUAUGCCCGAUUUCAAGCCCGUUUCCACAUUAUGAAUUAGGUUUGUUAUUUCACACUAAAAAGAUAAAUUUUCUCAAAGAUUAUAUAUAUAUUUUUUAUAAAUUUUAUUGGCUAUCCGGUGGCCUCGAUGAAAACCUAUUUAAUGGUAUAAAGUGGUCUAAUUAGAAAAUAUACCAUGCCACUUAAUCCAAAUUUGAAUAUCCUUUCAAAUAAUGUCAGAGAAUGGACCAAGCAUCUGUUACAAGUUACUAUGCUAAUCAAAUAGCAAUAAUUUAAUUCUCAGCAAAAAAUCGGAUUUAAAUUCAGUUUGAAUACACGUAGAAUCUUAAGUGAUUAAUACUAAAUUACCAUCGCUUGAUUUUAUCUCAAAGAUUAGCUCAGUACAAGUUGUAUUUUCUUGUAUUAAAGAUAUACUAUUAUUCAAGUAUUAUUGGGUUUGUUUGAUAACUCCAAGUUGCAGAAGUAGUACGAGGUUUAUAUAUUGCUUUAUUUGUUACUAAUUUGAAAACGAUAAAAACUUAUCACAAAACAAUAUUUUCAUUUUCUAUAUCGUUAAUCUUUUUAACUAUUUUACUAUGUUACUCCUUUCCCUUUCGUGUCCGAUGAAUCCUUGUUAAACAGCCUAGUUUAAUAUCAGCUAAAAAAAUUAUUCACGUUUUAACUUCGUCCAAAUUGCUCCGAAAAAGUCAUUUGAUUAUUUGAGAUUUUCUUGCAUAGGCGACGGAUACACUGAAAUGACCCCGCGCAUUAAGAAGACAAAAUAUGAACGGAAGUUACCAAACAAAGUUAUUAAAACCUAAUUCCUCAUAAGAUUUUUUAAUAGAAUGACUGAUAUACGAAAACAUUGAGAUCAAUGUUGAGUAGAAAGUAAUAUAGGUAAAAAGGGCACCCCAGCCAUUAUUUUAUCGGGUCAAAUUUUCAGACUAUUAUUUUUAAAAUGAAAUUUCGAUACAUUCUCGAAACAUUAGCAAACAAACAAAAAAAAUCAACAACUAAUGUGUUACCAAACAGAGAAAGAGAGAUGUGAAAGGUAAACCAUCUUUGACCAAAAAAAAAAAGAAUGGUAAACCAUCUAUGAUUAAAAGUUAUAAGAAAUCAGGGGUUCUAUACUAAUCUAUUUGUGUCACCAGUUUUUACCUUUUUUGUUUCUCCUAGACGUCAGAUUAGUAAACGGGGAGCAUUACCAGGAAAACCCUUGUCAUUAAGAAGUAAAUUAAUGUUCUCCAUUGUUAAUGCUUUGUUCAAUGGUUGCUUAAGUAUCAUGAUCGUUAGAGAGGUAUAGGUAGUGACUAAUUCAAGAAUUGCUUAACACCAAAACAUUUGAUAUUUAAUGGUAAAUACAAGGAUCGCAUAGAUAUUUGUGGGGAUAUGUAAUAUUAUGGCAACCAUUAAUCUUUAGAUAAUUGAUUUUAUUAAUGAAGAUAAGAAUGAAUUAGGUGCGUUUUAUAAAAAUAAUUAGUAUCGAACACAUAUACUUUAACUGGCAUAAAUGUAAUUUGAAUCAACUUGGAAUCUUUGUAACCAUUUGUAACGUUUGAUAUUAUUAACCACCAAAAAAGUUUUUAUUUCCUUUGAAACUUUAAUUGGAGCCAUUAAAAGUGGAUGCCCCACCAGUCUCCCCAAAUUCAACUGUCCUCGUCACCCAAAAUAAAUCAACGUUCAGAAUUGAUCCACUUCAACACUGUGUUAAGUCCAUUUUUUAACUUGAAACUGAACUUUGUAAAGACACUCGAUACAUUUUUUUUCUUUUCCAAAUAUUUUUUUUAAACAGAGUUUUCUUUAUAUAAUGGAGAAAAUAUGUUGCACAGCAAAAAAUGAAGAAAAUAUGUUGCACAGCAAAAAAUGGAGAAAAUAUAAAAUAAUAAUAACCCUUUAGAAAUUCUAUUUUUCUUUUCUUUCUUCUAUCAUAAAAUGCUGAAAACGAGGAGUAUGCAUGUACUAAACAUAAGCUGACCAAAAUACGCAUACAUUUACUGCCAUAGAUUACUGUGUUAUUUGACAUGCAUGCAUACACUUGCCAAAAACUUUUUUUUAAGAAGUUGACAUCAUACACACAUACACUACCAGAAAAUGACUAUGUUGAAAAAUGAAAAGAUAAAUGAUAAAUUUGGAAAUAUCUAUUUUAAAAUGUGAUAUACAAGGAAAGUUUUGAUAUAAGACAAGAAUAUCAGAUUAUUACUAUCACAGUUCUAAAAAUAGUAGUAGUAAAUAUAUAUUAAUCAUAUGUACUAUCAAAUAAUACGCCUCAAAAUAUGAAAGAAAAAAAUUCCAAUGAAUUUUUUUACAAAUGGUGAACUUAAUUAUUUUGAGUCACAAGUGUAGAAGAUUCGUUUAUUUAUUUCUGUCAUUGAUCUCUCUUGAUAAGCUUCUGGUAAACCAAAAAACCCAUCUAUAUCAAAUGUUAUAUGAUUUACAUUAUCUAUAAAAAUCUAAUAUCUCAUUGAUUCCUCUGUUCUUCAGUCUUCAUCAUAUUCUCUUUUGUUCAUAUGCCACGUUCUACAGAAACUAUGAUUUCUUACAAGAUUUUAUUUCACUUUAUGUAUGGAAAUAACGCAUUUUUUUGUCAACUGGAAAUAACGCAUUUACCCCUAGAAACUCAAAACACUAAAGAGGAACCGCUUUUUACUUCUUAUUACCCAUAAUACCAACUACACUUUCAGGGCGGAGUGUCUAUAAAUACAGAGCACAAUCCCACCAUCUUUCCUCACAAAAAAAAUCCUACAACACAAGCCAAAACACAUUAACCACAAGAAAAUUAAGUUCUGCAUCUCUUAUCUUUUCAAGAACUCUUCAUAACUUCUCGUACACCAAUGGGUCAUGGUACGAACAGAGUAGAAGACAUGGCAUCUCCUAACAACGGAACCACCGCACCUGCAACGGCAAACGCAAGAGAAACGAUCGUGGAGAUACAUAGCGUUUGUCUUCCGCCGAAGAAAACAGCGUUUCAGAAACUGAAGAAGCGUUUUGGUGAUGUUUUCUUCCCUGAUGAUCCGUUAGAGAGGUUUAGGAACCAGACAUGGAGAAACAGAGUGAUUCUUUGUCUUCAAAGCUUGUUUCCUAUAUUCACAUGGGGCUCUCAGUAUGAUCUCAAGCUUCUUAGGUCUGAUGUUGUCUCCGGUCUCACCAUUGCUAGUCUUGCCAUUCCUCAGGGAAUCAGCUAUGCCAAGCUAGCAAACUUACCACCCAUAGUUGGUCUUUAUUCAAGCUUUGUGCCACCACUUAUAUACUCAGUUCUCGGGAGUUCAAAGCAUCUUGCAGUUGGUCCUGUCUCAAUAGCAUCACUUGUGAUGGGCUCAAUGCUAAGUGAAAGUGUUUCCCCAACACAAGACUCAAUACUAUAUCUUAAGCUGGCUUUCACAUCAACUUUCUUUGCUGGUCUCUUCCAAGCCUCCCUUGGCCUUCUUAGGCUGGGAUUUGUGAUUGACUUUUUGUCAAAGCCAACUUUGAUAGGCUUCACUGCUGGUGCUGCAGUGAUUGUGUCACUUCAACAGCUUAAGGGUCUUCUUGGAAUUGUUCAUUUCACUGGCAAAAUGCAAUUUAUUCCUGUCAUGUCCUCUGUUUUCAGCCAUAGAUCCGAAUGGUCAUGGGAAACUAUUCUGAUGGGUCUUGGCUUCUUGGCCAUUCUCUUAACCACAAGACACAUUAGCAUGAGGAAGCCAAAACUCUUCUGGAUAUCAGCUGCAUCCCCUUUGGCAUCAGUUGUUAUCUCAACUCUUCUUGUAUUCCUCAUCAGAAACAAGACUCAUGCCAUCUCUUUUAUUGGACAUCUACCAAAGGGUUUGAAUCCACCUUCAUCAAACAUGUUGUACUUUAGCGGCACUCAUCUUGCUCUUGCCAUCAAGACUGGUAUCAUCACAGGGAUUCUCUCUCUUACUGAAGGGAUUGCUGUAGGGAGAACCUUUGCAUCUCUAAAGAACUAUCAAGUUAAUGGGAACAAAGAGAUGAUGGCUAUAGGUUUUAUGAACAUGGCUGGUUCUUGCACCUCGUGCUAUGUUACAACAGGUUCUUUCUCUAGAUCCGCUGUAAACUACAAUGCUGGAGCGAAAACAGCGGUUUCCAACAUUGUGAUGGCCUCGGCAGUUCUUGUGACUCUUUUGUUUCUGAUGCCACUCUUCUACUACACACCUAACUUGAUCCUAGCUGCUAUCAUCUUAACCGCGGUGAUAGGCCUCAUUGACUAUCAAGCAGCUUACAAGCUAUGGAAAGUUGAUAAAUUCGAUUUCUUCACUUGCAUGUGUUCUUUCUUUGGUGUUCUCCUCGUCUCUGUACCUCUUGGCCUAGCAAUAGCAGUUGGAGUUUCAGUUCUCAAGAUCUUGUUGCAUGUUACAAGGCCAAACACUUUAGAAUUUGGAAACAUCCAAGGGACUCAGAUAUAUCAGAGUGUGAAAAGAUACAGAGAAGCCUCAAGAAUCCCUGGUUUCUUGAUUCUUGCUGUUGAAUCUCCAAUAUACUUUGCCAAUAGCACUUAUCUACAAGAAAGGAUCUUGAGAUGGACCAGGGAAGAGGAAGCUCGGAUAAAAGAAAACAAUGGGAGUACUUUAAAAUGCAUCAUCCUUGACAUGACAGCUGUGUCUUCCAUAGACACAAACGGGAUUGAAGCGUUGUUUGAACUUAGGAGGAGGCUGGAGAAGCAAUCACUUCAGCUUGUGCUGGUGAAUCCCGUGGGGAGUGUUAUGGAAAAGCUACACAAGUCCAAGAUCAUUGAGUCACUGGGGCUGAGUGGACUUUAUCUAACAGUUGGUGAAGCUGUUGCUGAUCUCUCAUCAACUUGGAAAGCACAUGGCCAGCCAUGAAAUAAAUCAUUCUCUUAUGAAUUUGAGAGACUUUGAACUUGUACUAGAGAACUUGUCAGGAUGGUUGUUUCUGAAGACAAGGCAGCCUCUUCAGAAACAAUUUUUGGUGCUAUUAACUGUAUAAUAAUAAAUGUAACUUCAUCUUUAACAUAUCUAUAUAAAAAUCAUAAUUUAAGACUA